AUGAUUGAUGGCGCCUUUUUCAUAGGCGUAGGUUUUGACGGAAGCGGAGAAUAUAGUCCAGAGUCCAGAAAAAUGAACAUUGUCCAGAGAAACUGUGUCACCAAAUCAAAGUUAGAAUGAGACUCUUAAACUCUGCUGCAUCAUCGAGUGUCUCUCCCUCUUGUUGCCUCAAUGAUUCUAUACUCAGUUUCCACUUCAGUUUUGACCUUUUUUUUUCAGCUACAAUGGCCGAAACGUUCCAGACACCAUGAAUGUCCAUGGUAUUUAUGAGACGUCAGCGUUUAUGCUGACCUUUGAGAAUAGCGCUGAAUACCAGACAUAUCUUCAACACCAGGCUGGCGUCUCUGUUUCCAUAUUUGGCUUCAGUGCAGGAGUGAAGAAAGCCUGGGGUUGCUCAAUGCAAACUAGUACUCAGCAGUAUAUGGCUGCCUUGUACGUGGAUGUAGAGAGGUGAGUAAGUGACAAAGUUGUGCAAUACAUUUGCGAACCACUAAGCAACCGCUUAUUCACAACAUUAACAGAAAAAAAAGAGUUCCAAAUUGUUUCCAAUGCUGAAUGACGCCAAGUGAAAACUAACUAGUAACUACCGUAUUCAUGUCUUGGAUGAGGAGUUUUGUCAGGGUUGUUGAAAUGCAAGAAAAUCUCAUAGACCAUAGAUGUUUGCACAAGAACCUCCUUAACGGGAAAUGGUCGUCUGAUUAACUGAUGCAAUCUUUGAAUUUAAGGUACGAAAUCUUCAUGGACGAAGUAAAACCAAGUGAUCUUAGUCUGUCGUUCCUGAGAGAAUUCAUGGAACUUCCAAUCUCCUAUUUUCAACCUGGUGCACAGAUAAAACUCGGUAAGGAACAUUCUCUGACUUAUGUUAACACUGAUCCUUUGAUAAUGCUCACAUCCACAUAAAGAUGUUCAGAUUGAUGAAAGAAUUGGCUAUUUAUGUGUCGCAUAAAUAUCCUGUUCUAAAAUUAAUAAACUGCAAAAACCAGACGGAGAAAACAGCGCUAAGUAAAGGUUUCCAAAAUUGUGGUUUCUCACUACGAAUGUAUGGUUAAUAAGUUGCGGUGAUCUGAUAAGAAAAAAAAACCAGUUUGAAAACCGAAUAGAUUCACAUAUCUAUAUAUUGUAGUUGAUAAUAUACAUCUUCAGAUAGCUUCGUUCUGAUCCAGUCUUAUUUUUUGCAUAAAAUGACAUUUAUGGAUUAAUCACUUUUGCCAUUAGAUAACUAUAUCCAAUUUUGAGGUAUCCAACACAAAAAAUGAGAAAAAUUCGGAGGAUAAUUACAAAUUAAUAAGCAUCUCAAAAGGCAUCACGAUAUAAGUGGAAAUGAGAGUUAAAUCUAGAUAUUAUGGCAGGUUAUAAGAGAGGAACGGGGUGGGGUUAGGGGAAGCAUGUUCUUGCCAUAUAUUUUCUGAUUCUGGUAAGAUAACGAUGUCAGAAAACUAAGAGCGAUAAAUGUAACCUGGAGUUGUAGGCAUGCAUUGUUGGUCGAUUUUGAGAAUUUGGUUCGUACAUGAGUUCAAUUACACUGUCAUGUUCAUCUCGCUUACCCCAACAAAAAACUUCAUCCAACGAUGGGGUACCCACUACAUAAAAUCUGCGAAAUUCGGAGGCCAACUGCAAAUAAGAAAAACUAUAGAAGCAUCCCAAGUGGCAUCAAAGUAUGAAUUCUCAGAAAAAAUGGAGAUGGAAUUUAGAUUUUUAUUUGCAAGCACUGGGGCCAAGUCAAUUACUGAAGGAGGUCAAGAAGCAAAAGCCCAAAACAAGUUUACUUCCACUUCAGUUAUGGUACAGGGUGGGAGCCAAGAGAUUGCAACCAUUCUCUCAGAUGUGUUCUCGCCAACGUUCAAGUCGAGUUUAAGAAAAUGGCUGCAGAGUAUUCCAAAAUAUUCUAAGGCCUUCCGUUUCUUGUUGGGAUCGAUAACCGAUCUGGUUAAUUUCCCUACGAACGAUUUGUUUUCUAGAGACGACGUCGACUGGGGAUGCGAGGGGAAUGUAAAAAAUAUGGUAGAAGAAACCAGAGGAGAGAAAACUAAAAAUACUACACGGUGA